AUGCGUGACCAACAUUUCGGCUACCCACACUCAUGCACGGGGAGUCGAACAAAGGCUCGGCCGAUAACAGUGCCUUUAUUCACUCUGGCCCUGGUCGAGUCGAUCCAUGCUGCUAGCAUCUGCAACGCCCUGACACCCAACUCCUGGACGCAAGCAGCCUCAUCCAACCCAAAACUACAAGGCGCCCUCAACGAACUCAGCAAGAAUGCCGUCGCUACGUGGUACACGGACCGCGGGGGUGACGCCAUCAGCGACCUCCUUCAAAAGUGCUCGGGUAGCCAAGUGCCUUCAAUUGUCAUCUACGGUCUGCCCAAGAAGGACUGCGCCGACGGAUUCUCUAGUAGCGGCAACAACAAAGACGCAGCCAUGUACAAAACGCAGACGGCCCCCCGGGCGCUCGGGGCCAACGUAAGGCUUGGUCACUAA